AGUGAAAUGGCAAUAAUCGCUGCCAGGGCGUCUGUCAUGAUUUACGAUGAUGCCAAUAAGAAAUGGGUGCCGAGUGGACAUACACAGGGGUUAUCUAAGGUUCAGAUUUACCAUCAUACCACUAAUAAUACAUUUCGUGUUGUUGGUAGAAAGAUACAGGAUCAUGAAGUCGUAAUAAACUGUGCAGUAUUAAAAGGGUUAAAAUAUAAUCAAGCCACGCCCACAUUUCAUCAAUGGAGAGACAGUCGUAAUGUUUAUGGAUUAAAUUUUGCUAGUAAAGAAGAAGCAGAACAGUUUGCUCAGACCAUGUUGACAGCAUUAGAAACUUUGAACAGUAAGUUUAUUUCGCCCAAAUUAUCGUAA